CCUCACAAUUUCAAUUUUCGAUUUUCAAUUUCUCACAAUUCCAUUUUACGGAUUUCUCACAAUUCCAUUUUUGCGGAUUCCUCACAAUUCCAUUUUUGUGGAUUUCUCAAAAUUUGUUUUUGAUUUUUGAUUCCUCACAAUUCAAAUUGUUUUGAUUCCUCACAAUUCCAUUUUUGAGGGUUUCUCACAAUUCCAUUUUUGAAUUUCCGAUUCCUCACAAUUCAAACUAUUUCGAUUCCUCACAUUUCAAAUUUGCGAUUUCUGAUUCUCAUUCCUCACAAUUCCAAUUUUGUUCAAACGUCACCUGGGAGCCUGCUGGACCUGGAGUCUGUACCGUACAGUCGUUGAUGCAGGGUGUUGUGGUGGCGAGUAUUUCCCUUGAAGCAUACAAUCUAAGUAGUGUUGCCCAACUGAACUGCUUUGGAGUCAGUCAUCCAAAUCUUGGUUUACCAAACCAUUGGACUCUAGCGCUUCUUGAAUGUCUUGCAAUGAACAGUUUCCUCUUCUUUACUAUUUGGCUGAUGGGUUCAUCGUCCUUUUUGCAAGAACUCCUUCCAAAGGUUAGCGACUUCUAUGCAUAGCUACUCGAGUAACAUACAUGGUCGUUCUACCCUUGUCUCAUCAGGUCAUCAGGAGCAGGCCAAGUCAGGUGGAAUCUACAUGUUUUGUGUUCACUUCUGCACAUUCCAGCCUUGCUGGAUACAUUUGAGUCACUGGCAACCAAUCACGGAAGGAAAUUCAAACCAUUCGUCCCUUCAGUUUGGCGCGAACCUCUCUCACUUUUUGGAAGGCAAAGCGUGUGGACGACUUUCUUUCGUAUCAACCAAACAAACAGAGGCAAGAUGAUGGAAGCGGAGCACCAACAACAGGCGCAAGACGAUCAGAUGCAAGAGGAGGAUCAGCAGCAAAUCGCUGUCUCCUACUCCAACGUGGAGAUUUUGCAAGAACACGGGAUCGCCGCCAAUGACAUUCAGAAACUCACAUCGGCCGGAUACAACACGAUCGAGUCGAUCGCUCAUGCCACUUCUCGCAAACUGGCCGAAGUCAAGGGCAUUUCCGAAGCCAAAGUGGCCAAAUUGAAGGAACUCGUCAAGACCAUGGUCCCCAUGGAUUUCAAAACGGCCGCCGAUGCCUUGGAAGAUCGAAAGUCCAUUGUCACAUUGACCACUGGAUCGGUUGAAUUGGACAAACUCCUCGAAGGGGGCAUUGAAACGGGGUCCAUUACCGAAGUCUUUGGAGAAUUCCGGACCGGAAAGACGCAGCUCUGUCACACGCUCUGUAUCACUUGUCAAAUGGGAGUCAAUGAAGGUGGAGCCGAAGGAAAGGCCAUUUAUCUAGACACGGAAGGAUCCUUCCGUCCCGCUCGUCUCCAAGCCAUUGCCGAGCGCUUUGGUUUAGAUCCCAACUUGGCAUUGGAAAAUGUCGCCUACGCUAGAGCACAAAACUCGGAGCAUCAAAUGGAACUCCUCAAAAUGGCCGCCGCCAUCAUGUCCCAGGACCGCUACGCUCUCUUGGUGGUCGAUUCCGCCACGGCCUUGUUCCGAACCGAUUACACGGGACGUGGAGAACUCUCCGAGCGACAAAUGCAAAUGGGACAAUUCCUGCGACAGCUCACCCGGUUGGCGGAGGAAUUUGGUGUCGCCGUAUUCAUCACCAAUCAGGUCGUUGCCAAUCCAGACGGGAUGAGCUUUGCCAAGGACAGUACCAAGCCCAUUGGAGGCAAUAUUAUUGCGCAUGCAUCCACCACGCGGUUGCGUCUUCGCAAGGGACGAGGAGAGAAUCGUAUUUGUACCGUCUACGACAGUCCCACUCUGCCCGAAGCGGAUGCGCAGUUUGCGAUUGGCCCCCAGGGAGUCUGUGAUCCUACUGAAUAGGUUCCUGGGACACUUGCAAUGUGGUACACUUGCAAUGCACCGGCGUUCUCUCGGAGGCCACGACUGCGUAUACAGUCUUUUGGUUUGGCGGAUCCUUUGAUUGGAUUGACUCGAUUCAAGGAUCCAAUCCUCUGGCUGAAAACGCAAAACAACAAUAUUCAACAACGGAAAGCCCGUACUGUCGGUAGCAUCUUUCUUUUACACUACUCAUAUUCAAAAACAACUCAAUUGGUUUGUUCCACUACUGACCUUUGGAACAAACAAAGGUUUGUAUUCUCUACAACAGGACUUCUCCUAAUGGUGCUACUUUAGUCACACCUAAAACUCCUCAACCUGUACUAGCUAGUAUAGUGACUAAGUCGUAGCGACGCACACAUACAGAUACAAAAGACGACUGAUUGUUGAUAGCCAAAUUCAUUCAUGUUGUUUCAUAGUCUAUCUCUAGCCUUAGAGUUCCACA